UGUAAAAAUAAAACAAACACACACACUCAAACCAUCAUCUGCUGAAGUAAACAAAAGUCAGCUGUUUUCCGAUGCCAAUUUCCGAAUCGUAGUUUCAAAAUUUAACAAUAAUGCUUAUAUCACGAUCCAGAGCCUUGAUAAUCCCAAAAAUUAUUGAUUUUACUCGUCCAAGCUGUCGAAAUGUCCAAUAUACUCAAGGUCAGUCACCAGAGCCAAAAAUACGAGAGUAUUUUUACUACAUCGACCACGAAGGAAUGCUCUUUUUAGACGAUGCGAAGAUGAAGAACUUCACCAGUUGCUUCAAGGAGAAGGACUUUCUCAAGUUCUUCUUCAAUCGUGUGCGUCUGAACAAAACGGAUAGAUAUCAGAUCGAUUUUCCCUAUAUUUCAUUAUGUGGACGCGAAAGGAACUUUAUCCGAUGCGAUGACACACCACUUGUUUUUACGGAACAGUUGCAAAAAGAUGGAAGCGAAGUUCUUAGUUAUGCCCAUUCGGGACAGGUCCUUACUCUGCCCUACGAACCCCACAAACUAUACAUGGAUCCGAGGAACGGCAGGGUCUACCAUCCAGCAACGCCACAGGUGGGUGGCAUCGGCUUGGUUCGUUCCAAAUUGGCCAUAGAACUUAGCCAGCACUUUGAGUUUCCGACUGGCCAGGCAUCACCCACACAUUUUCAAUGGAAGGGCGAACGCUUGAAGCUGGAGAACGACUGGGUUAGUGAGACCCAAAGGUUCCCAAUGAACGAAGAGUGUAAAUAAUCGGUUUAAUAUUGAGACAUUACAUUUCGAAUUCCUA